AUGAAGAACAAGAUUGACCGCUUGUCCAAGCUACCCAUCAAUCUUGCAUGGAAUGACGGCGCCCUCAAUUUAAAUUCCGUACUACAACGACAAUGUGGGAUCACGGUUUACACUAAAGAGGCAAUCGAGGAUCUGGUGACCUUGAACCCGUUGGAUGUGAUCCGGAUAGUGAAGAUCGUAGACGAGAGUGCACAAAUAUCUGCUGUAACGACCCGAUUUAAGGCGAGAUCGGGAAUGAAGUUCGAGCGGAUCCGACAAGCACAGGAUGAUAAGUCGUGGAGCCCGGGUCUGAAGAAGUAUUUGGUUGGAGAGAUCUGGGAUCUGAUGCAAGAUGAUAUUAAGGUGUUUGGAUCUAUUGCUAUGAAUUACGAAGUGGACCAGUCAAAUCUGUUCUUCUAUCGCCCGUCAACUUAG